UAUAUAUCUAGCGCACCCCCGUCUAUCCGUUCCUCUUCGUCUGCAGUCUGUCAACGAACAACCUACUAUCUGGUUUUUUUUUUUCCUUGUUGCCCCUAGUAAGAAUCCGUUCGGCCUACGCAAAGAUGGCCUCAAUGAAAAAAAUAAACUUCAUCACCGGCAACAAAAACAAGCUAGCAGAAGUGAAAGCGAUAUUAGGGACUGUGAUCGACGUUGAAAAUCAAGCAGUUGACCUUCCUGAGAUACAGGGCACGAUAGAAGAGAUUGCCCGGGAGAAAUGUCGACGUGCAGCAGAAGUGGUCGGAGGCCCGGUGUUGACGGAAGAUACUGCACUUGAGUUUCACGCUCUUAAAGGACUGCCUGGCCCGUACAUCAAAUCAUUUCUCGAUGCCCUAGGCCAUGAAGGCCUGAAUAAAUUGCUUGACUCAUUUGAGACCAGAGCCGCAGAGGCUGUCUGCACCUUUGCCUUUUCCAGCGGACCCGGUUCGGAUCCAAUCUUAUUCCAGGGUAGAACUGAGGGAGCUAUCGUGAGACCAAGAGGUCCUGCGAAUUUUGGCUGGGAUCCGAUUUUCGAGUAUCGCGGCAAGACUUACGCUGAAAUGGAGAAAGAGGAGAAGAACCUCAUCUCACACAGAUAUAAAGCCCUGGUCAAGUUGCAAGAUUGGCUGGCCGACAGACGUGAUUGAUAUAAACUGCAAAUUUCACGGUGCGAAUUGGUGUCGGUUUCGGCCGCCCCCUCCCCCGGAUUGCCGUAGGUAAAUCGAGAUCUCAGGCUCGGUCAUUUUUCCAAGAUUGUACCCAGCUAGAAAUCCUUGCGCAAUUGGACUCUACAUCAUCAUC